CCGACUCGUCUCGGUUAGUCGGCCGGCCGGAUACUCCACACCAUCAAGUUUGUUACUACUAGUAAGGCACUUUGUUUCUGGUCGUUUCCAGAUCAAACACGCCAUUGCCGGCGUUGGCCGCUCGCCCUUCGCCGCUGGCCAGCGCCGCCUCUACGAUAGCCCCAAGCCACUGGGAUUGCGAGCAGUGUAGUGGCAGGUGCUGGGAGUGCACAUGGCCAACGCCACGGACGUGAUUUUCAGAUUCAUCCUGCAGGUAUCCCUGUCCGUGGAACGCUUCUCCAGAUGGUUGGAAGAGGUAGCUGUGCCAGCUCUCAGACAGAGCUCCGAGAACGGUUGGAGCUAUCAGGUGGGGCCAAGUGCUGUGCUUCGUGGCUCAGACUCAGCUGGCCAAGUGGUGGAUGUGCAGUGGUCAUUCAAACAUGGGCCUCAGGACCAGGGAGACUCCUCGAGAGUCCUCCAACCCGGACACGAAACAUGUGACUGACUGGCUACACCCCUUUUCAACCACCCCUGGCCUGAUUGGCUUAGAUAUGCCACAUACAUGGAGAGGGCCCAGGCAACAGAAAAUAGCACCAAACAUGCGACUGACUGGGGGAGUCUAUCAGACUAUCUCAGACAAUCUCAGACUCCAACAGACUCUUGAGGUUUUGCUUCAACCCAUGAGACCUGCGACCCCACGACCCCACGACCCAUGGUGCUUCAAAGAUUCGACGACUUUCUUGAUGACAGCUGUAGCACCCCAAACCCGCAGCAGCUGUAGCACGCAUGCACUCAGUGUUUUCCACACAUUUGCCAACACCUGGGUGUUUGUCUACCCUGCUCAGGAAAGCCUGGACUGGAUUCUUUGCAGCAUGAAUGUAUCUUCCAAAGCUACCGGCGAUCCACCGGUUGUAGCUGCUUUUUGCCUUGGAGCCUACGAUUCAAAUUUCCUUUUGCGCUUCGGCAUGGCUCGACGCGACGACGAUCGACCGGCGGCGCUCGAUGGGCGGCACUUCUUUGAACUGGAGUCUUUGCGGAUACCUUUGCAGCUAACACCUCUUGCAAGCAAGCAUCGUGGCGAGUUUACGUAUUGUACCAUGCGAGGUGCCGGCAGAAGCACCUGCCGUGGUUGCUACUUUGAUCAGUUGGAUGAUCCUGAUGCAGCUACCUCUGAGAGCUGUGCCAAAUGUGCAUUUGUCGCUGGCUUGGAAGAUGUUUACUCACAUUUACAAGACCAUGACUUUCUCGCCGAGAUGGAGCGUUGGCUGCUGGGCUGGCGAGAUCCGCGAGGGAUGCGUCGGAGGUGGCUGUCCUUGACCUUGGAGCGGAGCGAGUCCGCUUUGUCGUGCGUGGCGGAGCGAGUGGUGUCCUUCGUUUUCCCGGAGGGACAUCCCUUAGACACGAUCCAAGCGGAAGAUCUGAGGUAUCCGAGGUAAACAAUUGUAGGCGAUGCCCUUGUACAGUGUACAGACCGGUUGGCCUAGCUUUGGUUUCGGGCAGGUCAACUUUCGCACCUGAGAAUUCCUGAGGAAAGUGAG